AUGACCAAUAAAUUAUCUGAAGUUCGUAAUUAUUUCAAAUUAGAGUUAUUAAUUGCACGGUCACGCAUUUCACUUCGUCAUUUGUUUAAAAAUCGUUAUGUAUUAUUCAACAAUGGUCAAGUGUGGAAUGAUUCGCCAACAUGUGGAAACAAUUAUGUAACCAAUGUGAUUGCGAAAAACAAGAAAAUUAAUUUAACACCUGUACAAAAGACAUCUGUUUCUAAUGGAAAUUCAGAUGAAUGGGAUGUAACAACUUUAACUGCUCUUCUAUUAUUUAUUGAUCGUUCAAAAACAUUAAGCACCAGUGAAAUACAACAAAUUGAUGAGGAAGAUAAACUUUUGCAACAAUUAAGAGAAAUUCGAAAUAAACUAGCUCAUAAUGCAACAAAAUCUGUUGAUGAUGUACAAUUCAAUUAA